AUGUCACGUUCAUCAAAGAAACGCCGACCUAAUAAUGAGCCAACUGAACCUGAAAGUUCAUCGUCGAACUCAUCAUCUGACAAUGAAGACGAUGCCGAUGAAUCUAUGGAUAAUAAUCCACAGGAAAAUGUUCAAGUCGAUUUAGAAGCUCGUUCACCAAUAGAUAGUGAUCGUGAUGCAAUACUUUAUUUUCUUGAGCAAUCAUUUGGUAAUACAAUCAAGAAAUCUAUACUCGAUUUAAAUCAAUUCACUACUCAGUUGAUUACUCAACAAACAUGUGGUAGUGUGUUUUAUCAACCAUUGGAUUCCACGAUGGAUGAAACAGAUGAUGAAGAUGAUGAACCUCCUGUCUUAGGUGUAUGUUCGAUUCUUCGUUGUGAUCAACAAUUUAAUAAACAACUACAAGCUUGGUUAUUAGAUAAAUGUUCAGAUAAUGAACAAGCAAGAAAAAUUCUUCAAGCUUCAAAAUGUGUUUUAUUUAUCAACGAACGUUAUAUGAAUAUCCCAGCUGAUAUCAGUUUACCAGCAAUUCGUACACUUCGCGAGGAAAUUACCUAUUCAAUUGAUUAUUGGAUAGUGCAUGCUAAAGUACGUUUACAUAAAAAUGAUUCAAACACAAUCUAUUAUGUCAAUGGUGAAGAAGAAAUUUUUCAACAACAUUCAACAGUGUCCGUCGAUUAUUAUCCACCUCAAGAUAGUUCUGGUGAAUGGACACAUCGAAGAAAAAUAAUGUUUGUUUCGAGCGAUAAACUCGAUCAAAUCUGCUCUGAUAUUGAACAGAAAUUAAAGCAAUGA